GGAAGUCCUCAAAAUAAUACAUCACACUUGACAUCCCUCACUACUAAAAUAUCAACAAGAGAUCAACAAACAAAAAAAAAAAGCAAAGCAGAAAAGAAACAAAUAAGGAAGAUGUGGGAUGAAACUUUUGCUGGACCUAAGCCAGAGCAUGGCCUUGGCCGCCUCCGCAAUAAGAUCACCGCCCAUCCCAUUGACAUCAAAGGUAUAAGAGAAGGGAGCAGCAGCAAGGCUGGGCCAGCGGCGGCGGGAAGUCCCGGAACUCCGACGACGCCGGUAUCGGCGCGUAAGGAUAACGUGUGGAGGAGUGUAUUUAAUCCAGGAAGUAACACAGCCACUAAAGGAAUGGGCACUGAUCUCUUCGACAAGCCCUCUCACGCAAACUCUCCUACCGUCUACGACUGGUUGUACAGCGACGAUACUAGGAGCCAGCACCGUUGAACCGCGACGAUGGAGUGACAUGCCCGGUGAUGUUGAAGAAACGAUGUCAUCCGUUCGCCACGUGCCUGUUUCUUUUUUUGGCUGUAUUCGCAACUUUUGUUAUUAUUUUUUUUUUUCUUCUUGCUAGUUGCCGUUUGAUCUCCUCCAUCUGGGUUGGUUUUUAACGGUGGCGAUGCGUUCUCUUGUCUCUUGUUCUACUAUUCACUUAUUCAGUAAUUAGAUUACGAUUACUAAACUAAUAAAUGUUUUGGCCAAAAUAAUUGAAUUCUAGAAAACUCAUAAA